GUUUAGCGACUUUCUCCAACAUCCUCUCGCUUUCGUUUGCCGGUUUGUCGGUCGGUCCCUAUUGUUCAUACGAUUCACUGACAGUCGCUUUUACGCGAUAGCCGUAUCGUGCCAAGCGAUUUCUUUGCCGUGAUAGACAACUUUUCUAAUGCAAAUUUCUAAAAUAGAAGGUAGAAUACGCGAAACCUCUAAUAAUUCGAUCUAAUUUUCAAUGAAUCGAUUUUGUUCCAGGAUGAAGCUGUGGAUGUUAUUAUUACUCGGCGUAGCCGGGAACAGUAUCGCGACUAUGGUUCCCAUAGAUGUGCCGUCCUCUUUGCCAUCGGAGGCAGGGAAAUCUGAGUGGUCGUGGCAGAGCGAGGAUCCGGCGAUAACAAGUGGAUCCGAGAACAAAAGAGAAAUUUACGAAAAACCAAUUGCUUCUGAAGUGAACCCCAACGCUAACGCGGGUCUUGUCGAUGCUCAACCAUCGGUGGAAUCUGUGAUCGAGGAAAUUCUCGUUUCUAAUCGACAGGGUCGUAACAUCGAGGGCUACGAUCAAAUAUAUUCGGAUCCCGACGUGAAGAACGCGCUUCAGUUAGGAAACGAUACGAUCGCUCGCUCUUACAUCAGAGACAAACUGUGCUCACUGGGACUAAUGAACUGCGAAAACGUUGAGGGACGUCGACCGUACUACUCUCCUCAUCGCGGUAUACAUCCUCAGGAUAUAAUUUACGCCCAACCCGUCACGAUUAAGCCUGUGGGAAGACCGCUGCCAGCCAUCCCGGUUAAACGACCUUAUGGACCCUCCAUAAAACCCGGACCACUUUCCCCUGGCUUUAUCUCUUCGGGACCACCUCCGGAAGUGAUCUACGGAUCUGGCGGCGCGCCACAUCCUCCUUCAAUUUCGCAUUUCCCUCCUUCGCCUGGUUUAAUUGGUUCUUACCCUGCGUACAAGAAACCCGGCCCGAUUUCGUCCUUCGGCCCGAAACCAGUGUUCGAAUUCGGAGGAGCGAGCGAAGGCUUCAACUACGAGAGUAGCGAUCGAUUCAUCGACAAAAAGCAAAUCGCGAUACGACCUUCCGUCGGUUCCGAAGGUGUCCAGCAGCACGUUCAUCAUCAUUAUCAUCAUUCGGAAGGGGCUCAAGGGAUCGCCAGUGGAUCUUCGUUUGUUCCGAGCCAGGGCUCGAGCUACGGAUCUAUAGGGACAACUUUUGACGAAGUUUCUAAUGCCGGGCACGGAGUUUACGGGGCCGGAUUCCAAGAUUUCGACGACUACAAAAAGGCGUUCAAAGUGAAAGGGACGAGCAACGACGGAAACGGUUUGAGCGGUUCCGUAUCGACGAACAACUACGCGGAUCAGUAUCCCGUAUACGAGAAACCAGCCUUCGGUAAAGCGGACGCUCAGAAGACUGGCAAAUACUUUUCCCCUGGCAAUUACGCACCCUCGAAUACCGUACAAUCCGGAUUCAAUGAUUACACCGCUGCUGGAUCCGCUAACAGCAACAAUUACUUCAACUCUUACGGAAAUGGUAACUUUGGAAACGAUCUUUCGGUUGGUUUCGCUUCGGACUGCGUUUGCGUUCCGUAUGACCAAUGUUCCGGUGAACACGCCGGUCGCAAGGACGAUCUAUUUCUGCCCCUUGAUCCCCGCAACCUGAACAAGGACAUCGAAUCCGAAAACGCGACAAACGAGACAUCUACCAUCGUUCGCGUGGCGAAGAGUAGCGAGAGCGAUUCUGCGGAAACUACUGGACAGCAAGAGACCGAAUCACUAGCAAACGUUAGGACCAAGAGAGGAACCAAUGAGGAAUCUGCGAGCAUCGAGGGCAGGAAAAAGGCUAACGGAGAAGGGAGACUCGAUGCUAGCGAUCUGGACUCUUCGAAAUUAAACGUCAAACCAACCUGGGGGAUCAGUUUCGGUCUACCGCAAACCGGUGGUUCGUACCCGAUAGGUCCUCACAGUGGCAAUGUCCUGGUAAAUCCAUACACAGGGUACGGCCCGGGCAGUCAAGGUAUAAAUUUCGGCCUGGUUUCCGUGAAUCCUCUACUAGCCGUGCAAUUCACCAAAGACGAGUACGGCGAUAAGGUGGUAAAACCGUUUGUCAAUUUCCACGUAACGCCUAAUCAAAAUAUCGUGCAGAAACUUGGUUAUCUGCUUUCCCAUAAGAAGCAAGGUCUGUUCGAUCAUUACUACGCGCCACAUUACUAUCCCUCGAAACCUGUUGAACUUUACGAAAAACCGUACUACGCAAAACCUCAUUAUCCUCCUCAAGAGUAUGGUCAUCACGAACCUUACCCUCCUCACCAUCACGAAUACUCCGAUUAUUAUCGAGGCGGCGAUGAUGAUUACGAUUACGAUUACGAGGAUCGUUCGUAUAAUUACGGUUCCGCACGUAGCAACAAAGCGUCCAUCAAAAUGAACGGACAAACGGUUCCAAAAGAAGGUACUAGUGGAAAGGUAUCGUUUCCGAACAGAAGAAAGCGUGAUACGCAGCCGCAACCACGAUCAGAGUCGUGGUUGCAAGUAUCAAGACAGUACACGGUCCCUGGUGCUCCUCGAGCUUGCGGACCCGGCUACGUCUGCUGUCCGAGAAGACAACCGAUAAGGAAACCACAACCUGGCCAAUGCGGAGUUAGAUACACUCAGGGUAUCAAUGGAAGAAUCAAAACUCCCUCGUACGUCGAUGGCGACGCUGAAUUCGGUGAAUACCCGUGGCAAGUUGCAAUUCUGAAGAAAGACCCAACGGAAAGCGUUUACGUGUGCGGAGGUACUCUAAUUUCUUCCCGACACAUCCUCACGGCGGCUCACUGCGUGAAAACUUACGCGCCUCACGAUCUUCGCGUCCGACUCGGAGAGUGGGACGUGAACCAUGACGUUGAAUUUUAUCCGUACAUUGAACGAGACGUAGCGAGCGUUCUUGUGCAUCCAGAAUUUUAUGCUGGCACUCUCUACAACGAUAUCGCGAUAUUGAGAAUCGACCACGACGUUGAUUUCCAAAAGAAUCCGCAUAUCAGCCCUGCGUGUUUACCGAACAAGCGCGAAGAUUUCACGAGAAACAGAUGCUGGACAACCGGUUGGGGAAAAGAUGCGUUUGGAGACUUUGGAAAAUACCAAAACAUUUUGAAGGAAGUGGACGUGCCUAUAGUUAGCAAUCAAAUUUGCGAGCAACAAAUGAGAAGGACGAGAUUAGGUCCAGGAUUUAACCUUCACCCCGGAUUCAUUUGCGCCGGUGGAGAGGAAGGGAAAGACGCGUGUAAAGGAGACGGAGGUGGUCCAAUGGUUUGCGAACGAAACGGUCGUUGGCAAUUGGCAGGAAUUGUGUCUUGGGGCAUUGGUUGCGGACAAGCAGGUGUUCCCGGCGUUUAUUCUCGCGUUUCUUACUAUUUCGACUGGAUCCAACAAAUCCUGAAUCGUUAUUAACGAUACAAAGCAAUUUAUUCUCGAACCGUUCCAUUCGUCUGGUUUCUAUUUCGAUUUCAUUAUUUAAGACCGUCCCCGAAAACCACUGUUUCUUACGAUGUAUUAUAACGCGUAUCUAUUUGCGAUACCCUAUAAGUAUAUAUGUAAAUGACAAGUAAUUUAAUUUCAAUGUAUCUAUCUUUCUAUUUCUGUAUCUUUCCUAAUUUACGUAGAAGGCACAUUACGAAUUAAGGAUUCUUGUUAAACGUGAUUCGAAGUAUAUUCGGAUCGUUGAGUAAUGCAUUUUAUUUGCAAUCUGUUUGUUACAUGACUAAUUUUAAUAAAUAAUGUGUGAUCUUG